AUGGCACCGCCCGGGCCGCCGAUACCCGUGCCGUCCAAGACUGCCAUCCGCGCCCUGCGUGGCCUCAUCCUCGGCACGACCUGCACCCUUGCCCUCGUCACCGAAGACCGCCGUCGCCGCAUUAAUGCCGCGCGCUCGGCAAUCCGCAACGGCGACAGGAUCCGGUCUGCCCGGCGGUACCACCCUGGCGGCACUGCGUUUGCCAUUGCACUCGAGGAGGAGAGUAUCUCGGUCGAGCCGGGUGUGAUUCGCUGGCAGCCACCGACACGUCAGGGACGAAUCGACAGCGGCCAACAUGGAUCGACGACGACGAGAUCAUCUCAGAGAUCAGCGAUGGACUGGCCAGAUGCAGUGGCGGUACCAGCAAGAAAAGAACGGUCGUCCUCCCCGUCGAGACGUACAGCAGCUGCAUCUUCAACACAAAAUACAGCGACCACGGCCUCCGGUGCUGCGGAAUCAUCAACGUCACACAUACUGUCACCUACAGUUUCCUCGACACCACCAUCAUCGUCACCACCAACAUCAGCAUCACAAACACAAACACAAGCACCAGCCGAAGCACAAGCACAACCAUUUUCAUACCCUCCACCAACGACCAAACGCAUCCAGCGAUCCAUCCCAUCACUUGCCCUCCAAGCAGAGGCAUACGGGGCGCGAGCUCGAAAAGGGGGCCGCGUGCACAGAAGCGUCGUCCCCAUCGGCCGAGUGAACACUCACAGUGUUCCCGCGGUAGACCUGUCAGCAGCUAUGACCAGCCAGGUCAAGGCGCUGGCAAAGCCGCUCAAGACCGAAGCCGAGCUCGAGGCCGCCGUGCGCACGCUGCUCAACACUUGGCCCAUCAUCGAUACUGCCUCUGGGGACCAGGCCGUCCUGCGCAAGACAUCAGCUGGGCUGUGCCAAUCUUGCCAGCAGGCUGGCCGCAUGGACCUGGCACAAGCUGUGCUGCAGCUCGCCGUCCAGUUUGGCCAGCUGGACGAGGCCACCUACUUCGCCCACAGCCCCUUGCCCGUGGUGCAGUCCCUGGCACCGCUUGAUGCCCUGCCGGCCGAGCUGGCCGAUCCCACCAUGGAGGACGCCGACGCAGAGGUACGCCGUGGUGCUUUCGUAAAGCGCCUCGAGGACGCAGCAAGUAUUUUUCUCCCGACUCUCACAGCGCCGCACGCUGCGGAUGUGCCCAUCGCCCAGCUUGUAGUCGUCGGGAAGCAGUUGCUCGAGUGCGCCUUUGCCGCCCGCCACCACGAGUCGAUCCAUACCAUAUACUCGUCGAUUGCCAAGUACCCGGGCGACAUUGCCGAGUUCUCCCAGUGGUACAACACCCAGCUGCAAACGACGGGCGACCAGACGCUCAUCGUAUCGUCUUUUGUUGCACGCCCGCCCAAGGCCGGCUCCUUGUCCAAGGCGGCGUUCCUCGAGAUCGGCGACCGUGUUGUGGAAGCCACACGAUUAAGCCACUACACACAAGCCGGCUCUGUACUCGAGACCCUGAUUGACCGUGCCCCAACAUCACACCGCCUGCGCACAGCAUGGGCCACGGACCUGCUGUACGGCCAGUGGCAGAAUACCAAGGACUACAGCGAGGUCAAGCGCCUGUUUACCAAACUGGCUGGUCCUCGCCAGUCGGCAACCUACCAUGUCGACGGCAUCUAUCGCGUCAUGGUGCAGAUUGCGCUCGAGGCAGACAAGCCGACAGAGGCAAAGGCACUUUUCGACGAGCUGACCGCGCUUCAACCGGCAGCGGCAGACGACAUCCGCCUGCUCGGCCUCUUUGCGCUAGCCAAAGCCAAGUCCGGCGACUGGCACGGCGUCCAGGCCGACUUUCAGCGGGCGUCCACAACUGCAGCGUCCAAGGGAGGACUCGCCGCACGCGAUACGGAGCGCGUUUUCGUGCCCAUUGCGAAAGAGUACGUGCGAACGCACACGAUCGGCGAGACGGAGGAUUUCCUGAAGCUCUAUAUUGACGAGGUCGGCGUGCCCAUUGGCCGCCACAUGGUCACCCUGCUCGCCAACGAGUACGGCGCCCUGCGCGAGGUGCGGUCGUUUAUCGCCUGGCUCGACUACUGCGUCCAGGCCGGCUUUGCCGUCGACGCUGCGUUUAGCAACGCCAUCCUGCACAACUGCCGCAAGCACUGGAAGUUUGGCUUCCGCGAGCUGCGCACAAUGUACCGCAAGCUGCGUCUGCUGAGCCCCAACUUUGAGGACAAGGUGACGCAGACGAUUAUGACGCACGCCGCCGUUUCGGAUGCCAAGGCCAUUGGGCGUGCCACCGGCAUGGCGGUUAAGCACCGCGUCGUCUCGCUCCGGAUCAACAACAACAACAACAACAACAACAACAACAGCGCGCUUCAUUCGGCGGCGAACAUGGCUACCUUGGCCGCGGCUGCCCAGCAACACGGCAACAGCUACACAUCGCCGCUGUCAGCCAGCCGCCACCUCUUGGAUGAGCAUGACCUGUAUGUGGCCAUGAAGCAGGCGUUUGCAUCCGGCGCGCCGACCAAGGCGGUCCGCAUGUACAAGCACGCUGUGCGCGGUGGCUUGCCGCCAAGCGACAAGUGUUUGAAGCUGGCCGUGGCGGCCGCUGUCAAGAGCGACCAGCCCACGUCGACGCCGACGUCCGCAUGGCCCACGACAAGAGCGCCCGACUUUGACGUCGCCGUUGACCUCCUCAAGACGGCGCACACGGCCGGCCAAGACAUUGACGGUGCCACGGCGCACCUCGCCAUCGCCUACAUUGACGCGCUGGGCAGCCGUAAAGCUGCCAUGGCUGCCAAAACGCGCAAGUCGAACGCCAAAGCCAGCGUCGCCGCCGCCGUCAAGUCGGUCCUGCUGCGGCUCGACGCCUGCGACAUCCAAAUGACCGACCUCGCGCUCAACCGCGCCGCCUUCCACAUGUUCAAGGCCGGCCACAUGCCCGGCGCCAUUGCCCUCGCCAUGUCGGCCGCCAACUCAUCCGUGGGUGGCGGUCGCCCGGGCUACAACGUCUGGAACUUCUCGGUGCUCGUCGCCGCCCACGCGCGCCUGGCCGACGCUGCCGGUAUCCGUCUGGCCACCGAGGGCGCCGCUGCCAGCGGCGUCCUGCGCGAGCUCAUGGGCUACAAGGUGCUCAAGCAGGCCCGCCGGCGCCUGCUGGCGCGCCAGCUCGAGUUCGAGUGCGAGACCGCCAUCCACGGUCCGGGCCACGAGCCGGGCCGUGCAAACAUGUCGGCAGACACCCGCCAGGCCCACGACGACAACCUCCAGGCGUCGCUGGAAGCCGUCGAGGAUGCGCUGCACCAGGCCCGGGCCGCGCGCCAGCAGCUCAGCUCGGAGCGCCGCGCGCUCGAGGCGGCUACGAUCUCCAUCAUGCAGCAGGCGGCGCUCGACGCCGGCCAUGCGCCCGUUGACUUUGACGAGCACCGGCAGAAAAGGCUUCAGAAGCGGCAGCAGCGACAGCAGCAACAGCAGCAACAGCAGCAACAGCAGCAACAGCAACAACAGCAGCAACUACGCCAGAAUCAAGACGACACCUCCAGCAGCACCGGCAGCGUCAGCAGUGGCAGCAGCUGGGACCUGCUUGACAUGCCCGUCGACCAGGACGGCCGGCUGAUCCACGCGGAGGAGCCAGCGCCGCGCGCCGCCGCAGCGGCUACGUUCUAG